AACUUCCCAGUGCAAAUCACAGGCAUUCAAUCGACCGGGCAGCGUAUUAUCGUGACGGAUUCACAGGAAUCGGUCCAUUUUGUGCGUUAUAGAAAGGCGGAAAAUCAAUUGGUUAUUUUCUGUGACGACACUACUCCACGUUAUGUCACGACGUGUUGCGUACUGGAUUACAAUACGGUGGCUGUGGGUGACAAGUUCGGAUCGAUAUCGAUUGUGAGUGUUCAGUAUUAA